GAGGACUGGUCAGUUAAUGCGAGUUUGCAUAAAUCGCAUUUUUAGGGAGCAAAAGCUUAGCGUGAAAAUAUAUCAACAUUUGCGCUAAGAAUGUUAUUCCAAGAUUGGAAAAAUUGCGCGGAAAUGCAAAGCGGCUAGUUAUAAAUUCGUGUUAGUUCUUCCGCUAAAAUAUAAUCAAAAUGUAAUUAAUUAUUCAGGGAAUAUUUCUUGUUCUGGCCUCUUAUUUUAAGGACAAGUUUUGUGAAUCGUUAACGACUGUAUGCGGAGUCAACGCAAGGGUGCUUCCUCGCGAAAGUACGAAAGCAUGGGUAUGCUGCCUUUGUAAAGAAGCUUUUCACAACACCAGCUUGAAAUGGCUGUUUUUGCAUUCGUGCCCUUGGAAAUUUUCAAUUAUGCACGAAACAAUGGCAGCCGACGUUUUUUUAAUUAGCCUUUUUGUCUAUUUCGGCAUCGCACGACCAUCAUUUUAAAUUAAAUACUGCCCGCGGGUGGUUGCCAUGGUGACGACAGCGGCACUGCAGGGGUUGGUCCAAUCCGCUAUAAACAUUCAUGACUUGGAAUACAUCGUGGGUUUGUAAGAGAAGUCAUCGCAUCGCUUUUGAUGCCAUUGACUUCUUAAUGAGGUGUCAACCGGGGCGACCUAGCUGAAAUGGAUUUCCUGACCCGGGACCAAAUUGGAGAAUACCGUGAAGCCUUCAAAUGCUUCGAUCUGAACGAAAAUGGAACAUUAUCAACCAAGGAACUUAAAUGCGCCAUGCGCAUGCUCGGAUCAAACCCAACGGACUCUCAAGUGCAGGACCUGGUGAAUGCAAAAGAUUUUGAUGGUGAUGGCACAAUUAAUUUUGAAGAAUUUGUAAAUAUGAUCGAGGAACACAACAGUACAGAAGAGGAUGACAAUUUAUUUAUGAUAUUUAGUGUCUUUGACCCUGAACAUAACGGUUUUAUUGAAGGAGUACACAUUAAGAAGGCUUUGCAAAGUUUGACCGAUGUCCCUAUCGAAGAAGUGGAUGAAAUUAUAGAGAAAGCUAGAAUCACUGAUGAAAGGAAGAUGAGUUUAGAAGAGUUCUCGGCGCUACUUGUGCCUCUAAUCUACAGAUCAGCAGAUAGGCAUGGUUACCAUGGUGAUAGAAGAAGCUGGAGGAGAAGUAAAAAUUUGGAAGCAAGUUCCGACACUCGAGCCACUAACAACACUACUUCUUUGCAAGACCUGUUGUAUCCGAACGACUGUACCAGACGAACGAAGUAUUAUGUUCCGGAAACAACAUCCCUGAGUUCGUUAGAAAACCCCACUUUCCUUUAAUAAAUUCCAUAACCAUGGUGUCCAUGCUUACAACUAAAAUUUAACAUGAGUAGAAAGAGUAAGUGAUCCGCCAUUUGUGACUGGAAAAGGUUACCCUCAUUGUUUGGUUAAUCUCCAACCCAGAUCUACCAAGGCUAAACCGAGUGGGAUCUGGGUACCAGAUAAAUGUUUGGUAGAAUGUUUAUGGACAGAUUUUUUUGACGCCAACUGGCAUUGGUUGCCGUGUUUGAAAGAGGCGGUUGAAAAGAUACUUUUCAUGGAUGUAUUGAAAAAGUAACGUAUUAUAUUUCAAGGAAUACUGCAAAAGUCAGCCAAACAACGUAAGAGGCGUGAAUAAAAUAUAUUUCGGCUGGCCAACACCAGCCUUCUUCAGGUUUAUUUAAAAGAACACGAGUUUACAUGGUUUGUGUAUAUAAAGAGCGGACGUUGUCUGAGCUGCCAACGUGAUGUGUAAAAAUAAGAUAAGAAUUACAAAAUAAUAAUAACAGGCCUGCAGGCCUUAACAAAAGAGAUGAAAUAUAAAUUUCACCGUCUAAUCUUUAUCUUUAUUGUAUUACAUUUCUUAUAAUUGUUAGUUUGUAAUUCUUAUUUUUAUACAUCUAGCUGAGAACAAGGCUGUCAUAAAGUACAUAGAAAUUAUUAUGAUACAUUUUAAAAUAUAACGAUGCCUUUUUUAUGGAGUCUCAAUUUUUUAAUAGCUACAAGCCAUUACGACUAAUUGUUUUGGUCCUGAAUUUUGCAUUGUUCAGGUUCUUUUGGUAUUUAAUUUAGUACAAUGCCAUUUCCAUGUUGGCUUUUAUCUAUGUAAAACAAAAGUCGUUGAGCUAAAAUAUUUCAAAUAAAAUAACUUUAAAAUAACUUUUUGUUUUCAGAAAAAUAUGUAACAUAAAUUAUAUUAAGUACAUUAAGUAUAUUACGAAGUUUAUGUUCAUUUCUCACCUUCGCGUCCCCUUAAUUAUACCAAAAAUUUCCAAUUAGCCAGUAUGGGUUUUUUUUAUUUUUAAAGUAGACAAAUGUUCUCUUCGUAUUGUACGAACGGUUUGCAAACCUUGCAUAUGACUUGUGCGCCUGAAAUUUGAAUUGACCAAUCAGAAUUCAGAUAGCAAGAAAAACUGCAUCCACUUAUGUACUGACCUGGCAUCAAUGAAAGGCAUUACAGUUAGGCAACUUUCCUCACUGGGCAUGGCAUUUUAAAAAUAUUCACGAAAAGCGAUUUACAACUCCAAAAAUCCUGAUUAGAAUGUAAAAAGGGAAAAAAAUUGAAACAUUUUACUUCUCCGAGCUUUUAAUUUGGCGCCAAAAAUGGGUUACCAGCGUCUGGCAACUCACUCGGAGUUCGUCUAGUGAGGCCAGGUAGGAAAAUAGUUGAGUUAUUUUGAACAUAAUUUGUUGUUCCUCGUCAAAUUAAACCCAGAAUUCUCGAGUUAAGUGUAAGAAGAAACCACAGCAAAGUCUUUAGUUUUGUUUAGCUGCGAAGAAAAAGACUAUUGUCGCGUCGUUUUGGUGGGACAGUUCGGUUCGCUAGUACUACGGGCGCAGUCGCCGUAUGCAAGAAAGACCUUGAGAUGAAUUAUAAAUUUCAGAUGACGGUGAGCAACUGAUUUUUCCUUAUCAGUCAGCCAGUCGGUCAGCCAGUCAGCCAGUCAGCCAGUCAGUCAGUCAGACAGUCAGUUAGUCAGUCAGUC